AUGGUACGUCACUUCCUGUUUCUUUAAGGGAACGUGGCUUUCCCUGCAGCGCCCGUCUCUCCAUCUGUUCCUCUGCUGCAGCGACCGGAGCUGGAGUCGGAUUCCGAGCGCAGCCCCGCCAUGGACUCGGCCCUCAGCGACCCGCAUAACGGCAGCGCCGAGGCAGGCAGCCCAACCAACGGCACGACGCGGCCGCCUUCCACGCCCGAGGGCAUCGCGCUGGCCUACGGCAGCCUCCUGCUCAUGGCGCUGCUGCCCAUCUUCUUCGGUGCCCUGCGCUCUGUGCGCUGCGCCCGCGGCAAGAAUGCCUCGGACAUGCCCGAAACCAUCACCAGCCGGGACGCCGCCCGCUUCCCCAUCAUCGCCAGCUGCACACUCUUGGGGCUCUACCUCUUUUUCAAAGUAUUCUCCCAGGAGUACAUCAACCUCUUGCUGUCCAUGUAUUUCUUCGUGCUGGGAAUCCUCGCCCUGUCCCACACCAUCAGCCCGUUCAUGAAUAAGUUUUUUCCAGCCAACUUCCCAAAUCGACAGUACCAGCUGCUCUUCACACAGGGCUCUGGGGAGAACAAGGAAGAGAUCAUCAAUUAUGAGUUUGACACCAAGGACCUGGUGUGCCUGGGCCUGAGCAGCAUUGUUGGCGUCUGGUACCUGCUGAGGAAGCACUGGAUUGCCAACAACCUUUUUGGCCUGGCCUUCUCCCUUAAUGGGGUGGAGCUCCUGCACCUGAACAAUGUCAGCACUGGCUGCAUCCUGCUGGGUGGACUCUUCAUCUACGAUGUCUUCUGGGUAUUUGGCACCAACGUGAUGGUGACAGUGGCCAAGUCCUUUGAGGCACCAAUAAAAUUGGUGUUUCCCCAGGACUUGCUGGAGAAAGGCCUCGAAGCAGACAACUUUGCCAUGCUGGGACUCGGAGACAUCGUCAUUCCAGGGAUCUUCAUUGCCCUGCUGCUGCGUUUUGAUAUCAGCUUGAAGAAGAACACCCACACCUACUUCUACACCAGCUUUGCAGCCUACAUCUUUGGCCUGGGCCUUACCAUCUUCAUCAUGCACAUCUUCAAGCAUGCCCAGCCUGCCCUCCUGUACCUGGUCCCCGCCUGCAUUGGCUUUCCUGUCCUGGUGGCACUGGCCAAGGGAGAAGUGACAGAGAUGUUCAGCUACGAGUCCUCGGCGGAAAUCCUGCCUCAUACCCCGAGGCUCACCCACUUCCCCACAGUCUCGGGCUCCCCUGCCAGCCUGGCCGACUCCAUGCAGCAGAAGCUAGCUGGCCCUCGCCGCCGGCGCCCGCAGAAUCCCAGCGCCAUUUAUGAGGAGUCAAAUCCUAAGGAUCCAGCGGCAGUGACAGAAUCCAAAGAGGCAUCAGCAUCGGAGGGGCUGGAGAAGAAGGAGAAAUGAUGCGGCUGGUGCCUGACCCUCUGAGGCCAGACCAGACAGGCGGGGGAUGGACUGCCACAGGCAUGCACAGGCAGAGGGUGCAGGAGGCCAAGGGCAGCUCCAGGACAGGGGAUUGGGUAGCAGGAUCCCCCCAGCCAGACCUCUGUGGCCUUGGUUUCCCUUUACCCCUUCUCUGGCCCUCCUGUGCUCUUCCCCAUCCCCUGCAGGCAAAGGAAGCCCCCAUCAUCCCCCUCCCCAGGAGCCAGGUGGGGAAAAUGGGUGUGAUUUUUAGAUUUUUGUAUUGUGGACUGACUUUGCCUCACAUUAAAAACUUAUCCCACUGCUGGGGCUGGCCACUGUG